AAUAGAACCUCAAAAUUCAUCUAUUUGUGCUCAAAUUGCAUCCGGUCUGGACAGAAAGACUUGACGAUCCUAGUUCUGCUCGACUGUUAAAAUCCAUGUACCGGCGACGUAUGUCCUGCCCUAAAGCUGUUCAGCAACUCUGGGAUGCCGUAAAAGUAACAAGAUGUCAACAUCAAGUCCCAACAUUGGAAAAGAUAGCAAAAUAUAUGAGCAGAACACAUUCUGUCACUGAAGAGGAAGUUUCUCGGCAAUUACAGUAUUGUGUGAGAGAUGGACUGCUUCUUGUGAAGAAGAGCAAAGGAUCUAAAGGAGCUAAGCUAGGGAUCGAACAAGAAGUUUAUAGACUUCCUGAAGUAGAGAAUGAUGACAACAAUGAAUCCCAUGAUUGGUAUUGCUUUGAAUGUCACCUUGGCGGAGAUGUUAUUCCAUGUCAAGGGUGUCAUAGAGCAUACCACGUGGCAUGUCUUACUAACACUUUGGGAACGAAAGACAAGUUUAUUUGCACUGUUUGCCAGAGUUGUGAUGAAGAUUCUUCCCUACCCAAUAUAAAGCUGAGUAAGCUGAAUAUGUUGCUGACGUGGGUCUGCAUUGUUCUGAAAGAUAGGUAUUCAUCUUUAGUUAAUUCAAGCGAAUUCCUUCGUCGGUCAAUUCUGAUUGGAAGUCCAGGUGCUCAGGUGGACAUCGGUGGAGCCAAAGAGAGUUGGCGAGUUCGUUAUCUAGUCUAUCGACCUGUCGAUCUUGGUACAAUGAUGGCUGCUGCCAAAUCCCAAAAGUAUCCUAAUGUUGCUGCUUUCUUGGCUCAUGCACAAUCAAUUGUUCAUUCUGUUGUCAUUUUUCAUGGAGCGCAUUCAGAUCUUGCUGAUAAGUCAAGACAAAUGCUUCGGGAGUGUCUUUCUGAAAUAGCUCAAAUUAGAGCUUGUCAUUCAUGUUAUGAAGCCGCAGCUCGUCGAGAAAAUAGACAUUGGUUCUGCAAACCAUGUCGCCCACCUCAUACGCUUGUCUUUGCUGGUUCUCCUUACAUGCCAGCCAAAGUUCUUCAAGAAAAAGAUGAUAAACUUGAAGUUGUAUAUUUCGGACCUGAGCAUUCACGAGCAACUGUUGAGCGAGACUCAACAUUGCCUAUUACUGAUCCUGUAGGUUACUUAAAAAAAAACUGUCCGGCCUGGUCUAAAGCGAUGGAUGAGUUAGCAAGGCAUCAGAAAAUGUUAUCUGCUUCUAAUCAACCUUCUGAUAGUGAAGAUAGUGAUGUUGAAGAGCCUAUUUCAAAAGAAAAAAUAUCUCUGGUUAAAGAGACUCAGCCAAUCGUCAAAAGUCCUUCUUCUCUUAAAAGGGAAAGGUUUAGUUCAGAUGAAGAAAGUGUUAAAAAAGAAGAGCCUAAAAAGGAAGUUGUUGUGAAAAAGAAACGUGGUCGCCCUCCUAAGAAUUCUUUGACAUCCGUUUCUGCUUCAUCUACUCCUUCAACGACCCCUGUGUCAACAGAACCAAAACGAAAACCAGGAAGGCCAAGGCGGAAAAAACCUGAGGAAGAAGUUGAAGAAAAAUUGUCCUUAGAUAAACAAUUAACAAGUGAAGUUGCGAGUGAAAUUUCGAAUGAAGAAGAAAUUAAAACAGAAAACCAGAGACCUGAAAGCCCAACAACCACAGCUCCGUCUACUACAAAGAAUGAAGAAGAAAUUGUGAGUUCUUCCUGUAUGGAACCUCAAGUGAGAUCUUUUGGAACUCAGACAGUUAAGAAAGAAAAAGCUAAUAUAGAAAUAAUAGCUAAGCUUAAAGAAGAGCUAGACGAAGUACGGACUGCACAUGCGGAAGAAUUAAAAACUCUGAAGGAGACACAUUCCCAAGAAGUUGCCGCCACAAAGAAGAAGCAAUGGUGCUAUAAUUGUGAGCAAGAAGCCAUUUACCAUUGUUGCUGGAACACAGCCUAUUGUAGUACUGAGUGUCAGCAGGUUCAUUGGCAGCGCGAACACAAGAGGGUUUGCAGGCGCAAGCGGUAGGGACAGCCAAAGCCUCAGCCGGUGGCUAGGGCCUAGGCCACAUAUGGUGUGCCAGUAUCUCUCUCAUUAUAUUGUACGUUAUAAAAACGUCAAGGCAAUUGUACUAUGAUCCUCUUGCAGUAAGAAUGUAGACACAUACAUCUCGACAAACGACAUAAGCUGGUCGUCCCUGUCAAAGUAGAGAAGAAGCCAAUGUUAACUAUUUGCUUUCAAUCCUGAAAGAAUAGAUUCAAAAAGCUCAUCAUUAAGAUCAAUCAAAAUUUUCCACAUAGUGAUUUUUUUUCAACUCUUUUGCUUAUCUUGGCUUAACUAUGUUGUAUGAGUCAUCAGUGGUUAUUCAAUUAACUAUAUAAUUUGUUUUAAAUUACUAUUUUCUCAAGUAAUUACUAUCAUAAUUAUUGUUGAAUAACAGUAUAUAUUACAUAUUUUGCUCCAUUCAGAACUAACUUCUAACGGUUUAUUCUUUUAUUUUUUGGAUAUUCACACAAUAUUGUCAAAUAUUUUAAAGUAAUUAUUAAUUUGGAGAUAUUAUGUGGUAUAUUGUUUUGUUUUGUUUUUUCCUCUUAUCAUUUUUGGAUUUUAUUUUCAUGAAAACUUUAGGAAAUGCAAUCUCAUAUAUUUAUCAAGGUUUGCAAUAUACUAGUCAUGAGAUGAAAAUUCUUUAUUGAAAUAAACUUUAAAUAGUUGUUUUUCUUUAACGACUGUUACUAUUUAAUAUUUGAUUUCUUUGCUAACAAAAAAUGAUUUUAACUAACCAAAGAUUGUCCUAGUUAGGGUACAUAAGGUCGUUAAACCCAAGAAACAACUAUUAGAGACCAAAGUUUUUGUAAUUGUUUACACAAAGAUUAUAAUCAAUAUAAACCAUUGAUUUUCAUAUAAAAUUUGGAGUAUUCUCUUGAUUAUCAGAAAUAUUAACUAGAUACAUAUUUAAUUAAAAAUAGAUUAUUACAUUUAUUGUAAGUUAAUAUUGCCUCAUUUUGUAAUAAUUCAAUAAUACAGAAUUAAAAGUGUCUUUUAACUUGGAGAAACCCAAGUCUGAAUUUCAUAGCUGAAAUAUUAAAAUAAAAUAGUUUACAUAUAUAUUUGUGGGUUCUAAAUACUAAAAUUGUUUCAGGACAUACCCAUGAUAAUAGUGAUUUCUGUCAUACCUACUCAGAGCUAUUAUACUUAAUGAAUUAGAAAUGCCAAUCCCAGUCAAUGGAUAUUUAUUGUUGGUCUAGAAUGUUAAAGAAUGAAUAAAAGAGAAAACAAUGAUACCAAUAAAGUAUUAUAAUGUUGACCCUUAAUGAGCACGGAUAUGUUCGAUGGAGAGCAGAGGCAGAGCCUAAUUGGCCAGCUAAGUAUUUAUCAAUCACCGAGCCUGUGUAUUGACAACAAUCCGGGACCAGCUCAACCAAAGUCGGUCAGUAUCAGAGUCAAAAGCCACGGGACAUUCUCCCAUAAUUUUCUGGAUUCUGUCAACUUAAUGCACUAAUUAAUAAAUUACUAUAUAAUGGGAAUAAUGAUUGAAAAAGUAUUUUUCUCAAAAUGGCAGCGCAUCCGAAUAAGAGGAUAAUUGGAAAACUUGAAUUUUUCAAAACUGUGCCAAUUCAGACUGCUCUAAUUUUUGUUACUAUUUAUGGCAAUUUGACUAUAUUAAACAAAUAUUUUUUUUUAUUUUUGGACAGGAAUAAUAUUAAUAAAAUAGUAACAUUUAUUUGUCUUAUAAAAUAUACCUUAUUAUCAGUGUUUUUCUGACAUAUUUGUCAUCAGUUAGUUCUCUAUUGUUUUCAUCCUAAAAUUUAUUAGGAUUGGUACAUUCUACUAGAAAACACUUUUUUGCAUAAUGUUACAAUUAGUUUUUGAAAUUUUUUUAUAGAUCUGAAUCUUGAUUUUAUUAUUGAAUCUUUUGAUUGUCUUAUUUUUUCUAUUUUCCUUACCGGCAUAAAUAUCUUUUAAUUUCAAUUCAAAGUUAUUUUCAGAACAGAUCAUUUAGUAUUUUUAAUUAUUUCUCUAUUUCCAUUUGUUAAAAAUAAUAGCUCCCAAUUUUGCUUGUUUUUCGGGAUUUAUUGAAAAAACAUAUUUUUUUUACAGUUAUAUGUUUCAAUGGAUUUCUUUCUUUUUGUAAUAAUGAACUCUAAUUUUGCAAUAAAUUAAUUUUGAAAACGUUUCUGUAUCAGUAGUAUAUAGUAUUUUGUUAUUUUCGAAAUUCCUAAAAUUAAAGAAAGCAACAACAAUAUUUACUGUAAAACUAACCAACUAUUAUCUGGAACUUAGCUGUUGAAAAUGAAUGUAAUUAGGUUUGGGAACUCAAAUACCUGAACAGUUUUAGGAUAAGUUUUUAUUCAAAAGCUUUUUACUUAAUAGUUUUCAAAUAAAGAAAUCAUUCUCAAAAAUGGCUUUAAAAUUUUAAUAGCGACAAUCAACUGAGAGUAAUAAUUGCUAUCACAUCUGCUAUUAUAAUUAAUGUCAAAAGAGUCACAACUCAUUACAAUCACAAUUACAUGACAUGUAAUUGUUUAAUUUACCUGUAGUUGGUACAGGUGCCCUGUAUUUUUAUAUCUAUUUCUGAACUAUAUUAACUUUAUAAACAACCAUUUAAUGACAUGGUAUGCGUAUGUAUGUGUGUGUGUCUAUAAUAUAUAUGACCUCUAUUUAUACAAUUGCUAUUAAUAUAACAGUUGAGAAAAUAGAAUAAAUAAAUAUUUAUAUAUAAGAAAGUCAACUUCUAAUAUAUAUAGUAGAAGUUGCUGUUAAAGGUGGAAGUACUCAUAAAAAAAAAAUUAUAGGAGAUAUCUUUCAAGCAGUCCUGAAUGAAAUAGGCAGAAACAUCGCCACUGAGAGAAUUUUUUUUUUCAUGUAUUUUUACUUUUAAUUGUAUUCCUAACUCCUACUAUUUGAUCUACUAUCAGCUAAGUCUCUGCCGUUAUUCAGGGUGUCCCCUAUGGAAAAGGAAAUAUUGAUGGGUGAUAGAAGACAUCGUGAGCUACAAAAAAAGUUUAUACAAACCAUGGUCUGAUUUUCUACAAGAAAUUAAAGAUUUUUGUUUUUGUAAGUGUCGCUUUUUUUUUCUAAUAACAGCAUAACUAAAAAGAUGUUUGUUUAAACUAAUUUUAAAAAAUUAUAAUGAGCUGGAUAUUUCCUUCAAAUGCAAGUAGUAUGUGUUUGUUAAAACAAUUUAAAGGGAACUUGAAAGUGGCUAAAUUAUGCUAAGUUCUAAUUUUCAUAAAAUCAUGGAUUAUUAUCACAGGUUUUUUUUUAAACAUAGAUAUCCAUUAAUAUUUUUUUUUUAGUAGCCAGCCUGUUUUCACAAAUAUAUUUUAAACUUAUGGGCCUCCCUUUAUUAAGAGGAUAUGGUCUGAUUUCUCUCAGGGACCAGCUGUACUGAGAAAUAGAUAGGUAAUGGAUAUUAUUUAAAUUUUUGCUGAAAACCCAGAUGUUCUGGGGUGAUGAAUCUUCAAAUCACAUAAAUAUUUUACAAAAAUAGCCGUGAAUCUCAACUUAUUAUGGACUUAAGGCUUAUUAAGCAAGCAAGUUUUUCUAAAAGUGGGGUAUCUGUAGUCCAGCUGGAAGGCGAUAAAAAAAUCACCCUCCAGAAUCCAUGGUUUUAUGAAAAAUAGAACUACGCAUAGCUUAGCUGCUUAAAAGUCUCCAUUAAAUACUUAUAAAAAAGACAAACUCAUCCAGCAUUUAAAGUAAAUUUUGUUUAAUUUACUAUGAAAUAAUUAUUAAUUACCUAAAUUAAAUAUUUUUCUAGUUAUUACUUCCUAUUAAAAAAAAAAUAUGACACUUAAAAAACACAAAACUUAAAUUUCUUAACUUUAUGCAGAAAAUUGGACCUUAGUGUCUACUAACACCUCUUUAAAUAUGGGUGUAUAUAUUUAUUUUUUUUUCCGGUUGGCGCUACAGACCAUGGAGAUCUUUGGCUGCGAAAUGUGCUCUCCUUCCAGACAUAUAUUGCUUGCAGGAGCACAGAUAGCCUGGAGGGGGUCAACCAACCUCAUGUUGCUACUUACCAUGGUCUCCAUGGUGCAGUGGCAGGCCACCUGUAGCUCCAUAGCCGAUCCCUUUGGGGACAAUCUGUUAGUGUCCUUCCUACCGACUCACUCAAGUUCAAGGACAGUGACAAUUGAUCUAGAUCCAUGGAUUAUGGCCUCAGAGUCAGCAGACGAACGAGGACCUAUAUUUGUUUCCCCAACCCAAACCCUUUCACGGACCAUACCUCAAGGGGGCUAGUGACAUCCUGGUAAACCACAUCCCAAUUCCUGAUUUAAGUACACGGGGUAGGGUCAUCAGUCCUACGCCCAGUCCGUGUGAGUGGCCUGCCUCUAAUAGGCUGAUGGGUCUCACAUACCGGGGGUGCGAGAGUCUUGGGCAGCAUGGCUUUCCCUGUUGGACAGUCAUCCAUCCAAGUACUAACCACGUUCGACGUUGCUUAACUUUGAUUACCUAUUGCAAGCGCCUUAGCCCAUAUGGCUACCCCGGCCCCAUAUAUAUAAAUGUGUGUGUUUAUUUUUAUUUUCUUAACCGUUAAUAAUAUAUAUCUUCUGAGGAUCUUAAUGAUGUCUUCAUCACCAGAUUACUAUUCCAGCUACUUUAAUUGAAUUAGUAUUAUUUAUUUAUUUAUUUUUUAUAAAUAGUGAAAUGAUGGCUUCAGUACCUCAUUAUUCCAACUACUUUAAAUGGAGUCCUUCUAAUUUAGUAUUAUCCUAAAAUCUUCAGUAUAGUUUACCAUUUAUUUACUAGUUUAUUGUAGUGGAAAUUAAUUUCCAACUAUUGUUAUCAAUUACGUGAAACAUCACCAAAAUAUAGUUGUUUAUUGACUGGACCUCAAGAACUUCAGAAAAAUAAAAAAUAUUUAUGUAGUUCAUGAAGAACCUAGCUAGUACAAUCAAAUAAUAUAUUAAAAACAAAAUCAGACUGGAAAAAAAUAUAAAACAAUAUCCUAAUAUGAGUGGUAUUAUUUAUUCUUUUAAAAAAAUUGCUUGGAAGCAGUUUUUGCACACAGUGUAAUGAUGUUAUGACCACUUAAAUUCCAGUUAUUUUAGUUAGUAAACUAAUAUGGUCCCAAAUAUAACUUAUGGUACUUGUAUAUAUACAUAUAAAUAAAGGUAUACUUUGUUUAGAAAAAUAUUGUUAUUUUCAUUUUCUUGGUGAAAUAAGGUAAUAUAAGAAAAAUUUAUUUGUACAUAUAUUUAUAGUUAAUGGAUCUCUUUAAGUGAUUUCUCUUUUGUAUAGUAGCAAUGCUAGUAGGUAAAGAUAUAUUUUGUUGUUUGUUGUUGAACUGUGCCCUUGAGGAUAGAUGAACCUAUAUGAUUAUUUUUAGUUAUAAGGAUUAUAUAAUUUUUAUUUAUUGAACUUCAUGUAAAAAUCAAAUAAAAAUAUAUCUGAAAGAUAUUCCA